UGAGCGUAGAAGAAGAAGACUUCCUCCACGACUUUGACGCCUCGCAGCAGCACUCGUCCUGACCUUCUCGCUGCGGCGCGACGAACUGAACGAUGUCUGGACGCGCUUUUUCCACUUGGUGGGGCAAGAUGAGCCCUUACUACACGAAGGCCUACCAGGAGUUGUGGGUGGGCAUCGGCCUCAUGUCGUACCUGUACUACAAAGUUUCCUACGGAGGCAAAAAGGCUGUGGAAAAAAAGCCUGGCCAUUGAGUUUUCCACCACGACAACCAACCCUCCACCUGCUCUGAAAUGAAGCCCAAUCCGGAGUGCAGAUAUCCAGCUUAAUAUUUGAAUUUUUGUUAAUAUGGAGCAAAUAAAGUUGCUAUCUAAAAAAACCA